CAAAACAACUUGUGCAAAAUGGAAAAAGAAAAGCAAAAUGCGGGUAUAAUUUAUGGAGAGCAAAAUUUUUCGUUUCCGAAUCACAUGAAUUAUGGAAAAUUUUUAUUGGAGAGACUUUCGAAAGAAAAAGCAAAAGUGGCUUUGAUCAAUGGAGCUAGCGGAGAGAAAUUGACAUUUGGCGAAAUGACACAGCAAAUUGUAAAUAUAGCUUCUGCUAUUAAACAACUUGGCAUUGGGAAAGGCGAUGUGGUAGCUAUUUGCAGUGAAAACAGGACAGAGUAUCUGACUACAACUAUAGCUGUGCUUUGUACAGGAGCUACGGUUACUUUCAUAAACAGUGCAUAUAGCAAAAGUGAAUUCAUACAUACAACUAAAAUAUCGAAACCGAAUUACAUAUUCCUAUCUCCAAGUGCUUACAAGGAGUUUUAUGUAACUUUGAAGCAAUUAAAUAUUGUACAGAAAUUCUUUCUAUUUGGAAUAUCUGACGACAAAGACGUCACUAGUUUUAAAGAUCUUGUCACAAAAUAUACUCAUUUCAAUGACUUUGAAUCGAAGGAUUUCAAUGGAACCGAUAGUACGUCAAUAAUUCUUUACUCUUCGGGAACAACUGGACUACCUAAAGGAGUGAAAUUAACGCAUCGCAACUUACUAGUUACUGGCUUUCAAAAAUCAUUUUGUCAAAAAGACUUGGUGGUUUUAACUUUAGCACCAUGGUGUAAUACAGUGGGAAUAAUCUUAACCUUAUUAAAUAUAAGCAAGAACAGAACUGUUUUAUAUCUAAACAAAUUUCAAGAAGACGUGUAUCUACAGUGUAUUGAGAAAUACAAGGCUGGAAUUCUACUAAUGGUACCUCCUCUACUUGUUAUUUUAACUAAAUCCAAAUUAAUCGACAAAUAUGACGUGAGCUCUGUACAAAUUAUGUACUGUGGAGGAGCUCCUUUGGAUUCUUCAGUUAUGACCAGCAUAAAGAAAAGAUUCACCGGCUUAAAACAUGUUCUUCAAGGGUAUGGUAUGACAGAAACCACAGGAGCAUUAACUGAAGAAAGAGAGGACAGUAACAAACUUGGCAGUGUAGGAAAAGUUGUGGAAGGAAAUAUAGUAAAGGUUGUCGAUGUGGAAACACGAAAAACCUUAGGUCCUAAUCAAAAUGGUGAAAUAUGUGUCAAAGGUCCUGUAUUGUUUGAAGAUUACAUUGGAAAAGAUAUAAAUGAAGACUUAGAUGAAGAUGGAUUUUAUAAAACAGGAGAUAUUGCGUAUUAUGACAAUGAAGGAUACUUUUAUAUCGUUGAUAGAAUUAAAGAACUGAUCAAAUACAAGGCUGGACAGGUUGCACCAUCAGAGCUUGAAGCAAUAUUAUUGCAGCAUGACGCUGUUCAAGAUGUUGGAGUUGCAGGGGCACCAGACCCUCUUGUUGGAGAAUUGCCUACAGCAUUUGUAGUCAAAAAACCAAAUUCUAAAGUUACUGAAAAAGAAUUGAUUGAUUUCGUGGCUGCGAGGGUUUCCUCGUGGAAACAGUUGCGUGGUGGAGUCAGAUUCGUAAACGAGAUACCAAAGACCGGCAGCGGAAAAAUAUUGCGACGCAUACUGCGCGAUUCAUUAACCAAACCUCCAGCAAGCAAACUAUGAUCUUUUGAACUAUUUGCCCAAAAUUUGAGUAAAUUUUACUUAAUUUAAUAAUCCAAAUCAAAUUCAAUGCAUAGGUAUUAGAAUUUAUGUUUAUUUCAUACCUACGAGGAACAAUUUCAAACAGUAUUACUGUACUUUAGAUUUGAUUGGUGGAAAGUUUAUCAAGUUCUAUUAGAUAUUAGGUAACAGAAUUUUAUAGCAUAAGAGUAAAAUUAAUGGCAUAUAAUUUGAUUAAACAUAACCUUAAAUUACAAGGGAAUCAAAUACACGUGUGCAUUUAGUAUCUAUCAUAGAAAGUAACUAAUGAAGAAGCACGUGCAAUAGAAGUUGCGUGUAUGGAACAAUGCCAAUCAAUCCCCUCGCGUAUACCUGUAUUUUUUAC